AUGCCAUCAAUGAUACUGAAACAGGUGAGGCUAUCAGCGGCCUACAACAGUUGGCAAUGCUGUGUCUGCGCUUCAUGCCCUGAAUCUCCACGAAAGCGGCUGAAGCGAGAGCCGCGCCUCUCCCAAAAGGCCAGGACUUAUGCGGACGUCAAAUCAGACCGAGGGUAUGAGUUCCGAGACAACAUGAACUGGCCCUGCCGGCGGAGCUCUCCUUUUACACCUUCACCCUACGAGAUCUUUGGUUUGGAUAAGAACGCAGUCUACACCAAGCACAAAUUCUACGAGCUGGUUAAGAUCUAUCACCCCGAUAAGAGUAGCCACAGGUCCAUCAGUGGGAGUCUGAGCGACCUUGAAAGAUUGGAGAGGUAUAGACUGGUGGUUCAGGCACAUGAGAUCCUCUCCGAUCCAACUAAGCGAAGGGCAUACGAUGUAUCUGGCGCAGGAUGGGGAGCGACAAGGACAGCCACCAGACACUCGCAUGGAUAUACUAAUCCUGAGGGCAAACGAUAUGGAUUCGGCCCAGAUGAUGAUUCGUCGAUAUUUCAAAAUGCCACUUGGGAAGACUGGGAACGGUGGCAUCGACGAUACGAUAAACCCAAAGAACCUCCAGCGACAUACCUCCACCCCAACACCUUCGCGUCAGUCGUCAUUCUCCUUGCGGUAAUCGCUGGAGUACUGCAGGCUACGAGAGCAGGACAAUUCACAGGAUCGAUAGAAGAGCGGGCACAAGCUUUCACAGAGGAAACUAAUCGAUUCCUCGCAUCUAGAAAGGAUCAUUUCGAAGACAAUGACAUCAAGGGUACGGGGCGUGUCAAACACUUUCUCGAGAAGCGCGAUCCUGCCAAGUACGGGUUGAAACAAGAAGAGGAGGAAGUGUAUCGAACCCAUUUUGCUAACCCUAUCUUACAGCCAAUCCCAAAUUUGAAGGACUCGCAAAAGGAGGGUCAAACAUAUUGA